CAGAAUAUACUGACUUUGGAUAUAGUGUUGGCGAAAAGGACGGUUUAAUGAGUACCAAAAAAAAUGGAAGCUACCAAGACAGAUUUGCGUCUGUUACUGGAAUGUCUGAAAUACCAGAUGAAAUGGCCUGGAUCACAGAAACAAGCUCUUCUGACUAUCAUCUCAAUCUGCAAACAGAACGGUCAGUAUGUUGAGUUUUUCAGAGAGAUUGGAGGAAUUUCCUUCAUCCAUAGCCUUUCAAAGUCCAGCACUGUCUCUCAGGUUAAAGAGACCGCUCUAUUUACACUCGCUUCCUUGGCUGAAUUACACGAGAGCUGUAAACAGUUACUUUGCAGAGAGGAGACGUUUUGUGACUUAGCGCAGCAUCUGGAGCAGAAAAUGCCUCUGACAGAAAAAAGAGUAGCGGUGUACAUGCUGUCUGUAUUGGUUGCCAACAACAGAUCUGGACAGACUCUUGCUAAGACCUCCAGGUGUAUCGAAACCUUGCUCAAUUUGUUCAGGCAUAGUUUUCCAGAUACUAAUGCAUCUUAUGAGCAGCUGCAGUUGUGGACUACUGUGUCUAGUGCUCUCUGUGGGUCUGUCAACAACCCUCAAAAUGAGGAGAAUCAGAAUGCAUGCAUGUACGUGUUUCCCCUGCUGAAGACCUGGCUGCAGGAAGUGGCAUUGCCCAGGGCAGAGCUGGCGCAACCUAUAUGCUCUUUUAUUGGCAUGACUGUUGCAAACAAUCCUUGUGCUCAGGACUAUUUUGCGUCGGUGGGAGGCCUGGAUUCACUCUCAGACACUCUUAACAGAGUGUUGUCUCAGUUGCCACACAGUGCUCCUGCUUGUAAGGUGGCUACUGUAAUCACUAAAACACUCUGUGCCUGCAUCUCUAACAAUGAGCAGUUGGUAUCUUCUUUAUCAAAGUUGAGGGUCAUUCCAGGGCUGUUGUGUCUGUUGUCCAGUCCAAAACUUGACCCACAAGACCAGCUCGCUGUGGUAUUAACGAUUGGACACCUCACGGAUUCCUGUGUCGAGCAUCAGUCUCAGUUGUUGUCAGCUGGAGGUUUGGUUAUUAUGAUUUCGCUGCUCACAGAGGCUGCUGAUGAAGAGGUUAGAAAGGCAGCCAUGUUCGUACUGCACACCUGCAAGAGAAUCGUUGAAUCACUAGGCACUGGCAUGACAGCUAUGGAUCUACAGGAGGAGAGUGACAUGGAGAGUCACAGGCAGUCUGCUGGAGAAAUCCUCCAGAGAAUUCAGCUCUUGGAGAAAAAGAUUGGUGUGAAACUGUGGGAAAAAGACACCGAAAUCCAGCAGAGCAGCAAUCAGAGGUCGGCCUCAUCUGUGGAAUGUAAUGAGACAUGGUGGGAGGGUUCUGUGAUGCGAAAGGUCAAAGGUUACCAGCGAGUAUGUGGGGAGCUACACACAACCCCUACUGAAACUCUAGAACGACCAAUCACAAGUCAAAUAUAUAAAAAAGAUUCGCAGUGUAUCAGCACCGAGUUUUUAAGUCCUGUGCAAGUCAUUCACUUCAAAGACCCUAGCUGUGAAAAGGGAAAUGAGAGAGAGCAUGAACUAAUACAAGAGAAUGAGAGGAGUGACAACCAGGAGGGAGGUGUGAAAAAGAGAGACAUAGAGAGAAAAAUGCAGUCUGAUAGAGUGACAAAGAGAUUAAAGACCAUGAAUCUAAACUCGGAUGAUGAUGUUGGCAAUGAACUUCUGCAGCACUGGAGCACACCAAUAGAGGGCGGCAACGAUACACAGCGCCCAGAUAUUUUCAGACAUCCUGAUCCCAUGAAGAGAAACCAGUGCACACACACUCGCUCUGAUGAUGAGAUGUCUCUGUGCUCUGAGCUGUUAGACAGAGAAAUUAAUAGGUCUCUGAAACCGCCCUCUGUCUCUAAACCCAGAGAUCUACACUGUUCAGGUUGUGUGAAACAUAUGAAUGAGAUGGACAGUCGUUCAUUUGGCGCUGUGUUGCGUAGCUGCAGGUUUCAGUGUGACUUUCACCUGGUGCUACGAGAGGCUGAGGAUCGAUUUAGAAGAGGCCAGCAGUUAAAGAGGACUAGCCACACUCUAACACGCACUCAUAUCCACACACACGACAAAAACAGAAAGAGCACUAGUGAGGAUACAGAGAGGAGCAAGAGGGGAAAACACAGGCUGAGUCACCAACCAUCAGACAGAUGUGCUAGUCUCACAUCGGCGAGAAGGCAGAGAGAAAUAUACAGUGUUAGGCUCACACCCCUGAGAAGACCGAGAGAAAUAUACAGUCAAGGCAUAAAAAAGAACAUGGAUCACAGCUGUCUCAAGAAAACUUCAAAAGAGUGUCUCCCAAAAAAUCAUUCAGGCAGACACAGAGAGAGGCAGGUCUUUUCUGAUGAUGAGUUGCAGUACCUCAACAUGGGUGUGAAGAGGUUUGGUCACUCGUGGAACUCCAUCCUCUGGAUGUAUCCCUUCCGGCCCGGACGCACCAAUGUAGACCUGGCCAAGAAGUACCAACACAUACAGGCAUGACAUGACCAACAGUUCUGAAUACUGUAACUUCUAACAAAGGCUGGUAAAAUC